AUGGCUGGCCAGUUCUCGGCCCAGCCGGCGCUUGCAGCCAACCUGCCCACCUUGCUCUCCCACAUGGGCCUCCUCGACCCCGACGGCAACUCGCAAGACGAGCACCAAGUCUCGGGCGCGCCCAUCUUCACCGAGUCUGUACGCAAGUACGCACAGGGCCCCGGCAACAGGCCCUUCCAGCAAUACGGCCUCCUCGGCGGCGACUCGGUCAAGAUGGCCUCGUCGAGCGUGUUCACCGGCAGCCUGGUGGCGGCCGACAACGACCCGCGCAUCUUCUACAACGUUGCCGCGCCCGCCAGCGUCUUCGUCUGCGGCAGCCAAGGCUCCGGCAAGAGUCACACGCUGAGCUGCAUCCUCGAAAACUGCCUCAUCCCGUCCCCUGCGAGCGUGCUCCCGCGCCCCCUCACCGGCAUCGUCUUCCACUACGAUACCUUUGUGUCGGACACGGGAGGCGCGCCGUGCGAGGCGGCAUAUCUGGCUUCCUCCAAGGGCGUGCAAGUCAGAGUGCUCUGCCCGCCGACCAACAUUGUCAAGAUCAAGAAAAUAUACAGCGCACUGCCGCGCGUGACCGUCGAGGAGCUCCGGCUCGACGAGUCGGAUCUCAACACCAAGAGGAUGCUCGACCUCAUGGCCGUCAGCUCCGUCCAGGGAGGCGGCAUGCCGCUGUACUUGCACGUCGUGACGCGCAUCCUGCGUGACCUCCGCAUCCUGCAGCAAAAGGCAGGCGGAAACUUCAACUACACGGCCUUUAGACGCGAGCUCGAGCUCCAGGACUUGGCGCCCGGCCAGAUGGGCCCCCUGCAGCAGCGUCUCGACACCCUGGAGAGCUUCAUGCCCCAGCAGCAAGUCCAGACUCCGUCUAAGAAGCAGAACGGCGCGGCGCCCGCUCCCGCCAAGAGAGCCGGCAAUGUCUGGACGCCCAAGGCCGGACAGUUGACCAUCAUUGACCUGUCGUGUCCCUGCAUCACCCAGGAGGCGGCUUGCGCGCUCUUUAACAUAUGUCUCAGCCUGUUCCUGGAGCAAAACUCGCAGAUUGGCCGCAUCAUUGCGCUCGACGAGGCGCACAAGUACAUGACGGACUCGGACGAAUGCGCAACGCUGACCGAGACGCUGCUCGCGACGAUUCGCCUGCAGCGCCAUCUCGGCACCCGCGUCGUGAUUUCGACGCAGGAGCCGACCGUCUCCCCCAAACUGCUCGACCUGUGCUCCAUCACCAUUGUCCAUCGCUUUACUUCCCCGGACUGGUUCCGCAGCCUGAAGCAGCACUUGGCCGGGGCCAACAACCUGGCCCAAGGCAUGGACGGAACGAGCGUGAUCUCAACUGGCGAAGGGCUGCUCUUUUCUCCGAGCGCCUUGAUUGGCCUUGCGCGUGGCUGGAGCUCGAGCGCGCUCAAUGCUCCCUUUGGAAACGAGAGCCCAGAUGCGCUCAUCGAUCUCUUGGGGGAGGGCAGCGGGCUCAAGCAUGACGGGCCCCGGAGCACGGCGGCAGCGCGGGACUUGAAGAACGGGUCCAUGACAGACAUGAAGCCGGUGCCUCUUGGCCCCAAGCCAUUGAAGAUACGCGUGAGAAAGCGUAUCACGGCUGACGGGGGCCGCACAAUCAUGGCGGCUUGA